AUGAGGGAAGAUAAAGAAGUCAUCGACACCGACUCCGAUACCGACAACUAUAAUGGUGACAAUAAGCCACCGGCUCUGGACGAUGACCAAGAUCAGUACAUGGAUGGUUGGCGGGGAUGGCUAGUCGUUGCAGCGGCGUCAUGUUCGCUAUUCAUUUAUUUGGGAGUAAUCUACUCCUGGGGUGUAUUAGGAGCUGAGCUUGUGAAGACGACAACAUUUUCAUUAACGACAUUGACAUUCGUCGGCUCGCUAGCCACUUCGUUCAUGGUUUCGCUGAGUAUACUGGUUGGUAUGACGAUCCGACGAUUUGGAUACCAGAAGACAGCCUUUGUAGGUGCCAUUCUCAUGGGACUGGGCGAGUUCUUGGCCAGCUGGGUGACGGGGAACCUGGCUGGUCUAUUCAUUUGCCAUAGCGUGCUCUUUGGCGUGGGUGGAGGAUUGACGAUUAUGCCAUGUUCUACUGCCCCUCUGCGAUGGUUCCGUAAAUACCGAGGCCUUGCUACCGGCGUGGUCUUUGGAGGAGGCAGCCUCGGAGCCGCAGCCCUGAGUGUCGCCGCAAACCUGCUAGUAUCGGAGGUUGGUGUACCAUGGACUCUCCGGAUCUUUGGUCUGCUCGCGUGGGCCGUUUGUGUACCAGCGGCGUGCAUGAUCCGGCAGCCGAAGAGCACGGCUGACCCUGUGCCACAACUACAAUGGUACCGUUUCCGAGAGCGAGCGUUUAUCCUUAUCUUUGUGGGCAGUGGACUCGGCUGUUUCCCGCUGUUCAUCCCGUCAUAUUUCAUUCCGAUAUACGCGCGAGCUGUGGCAUCACAACGGGUCGCAGUUAUUAUCUUGGCAAUGUGGAACGUAGCGUCGACUGUGGGACGCGUGCUCGCAGGGUUUCUGGCCGACGCGGUGUUGGGGCCGUUGAACAGUCUUAUCUUGUCCCUGCUGUUGGCAGGUGUAAGUGCACUGGCUAUCUGGCCCUUUGCCGACUCUGUCGCUGUGCUGUCGGUAUUUAUUGUACUUAAUGGGCUUGGUUGCGGUGCCUUUUUCAGCCUAAUCCCAGCUGCGGUGGGAUCGAUGUUUGGAGCCAAAAAUACCAUGGGUGUCUUGCCGAUCCUAUGGGCUGGAUGGUUCUUCGGAUACUUUUUUGGCUCUCCAAUAGCCGCUGGGAUUUAUUCCUUGUCCGAUAAAAAUUCUGGAACUGCUGCCUACCGACCGGCUGCCUAUUAUGCGGGUGGCAUGUCUAUCGUUGGUCUGUUGUUCAUAGUGGCAAUCCGCUGCUUGUAUUCCCGUCAAAUCCUCGCCCGAGUUUGA